AUGCUGGCGAGAUUCAGGAACAGCUUCCGCUGCGGCGUGCCCAAGUGCCCGACUCUUCGUAUUCCAGGGAUGGAGAAGCCGGAGUCCUCCGCAGAGGGCGAAAGCGGCGCCGAGUUGGAGGACCGGGAUCCCAACAGCCUGAACCAACACCUUCAGGUGAUGUGGGACGAUGUGAUCGGCGAACCGGAAGGCAUCCGCAGCCCCGAGUGCGCCUGGCGGCUCAGCGGCCAUUGCUUCCGGCUCUCCAGAGGAUGCUGUUACGUGCUCCUCUCCGUCCUCGUGGCGCCUCUGCUCGCCCUUUGUUUGGGUUUCACGUUCGCCUGUCUCGCGUUUCAGCAUAUAUGGUGCGUCGCGCCAUGUCUGCGCGUGUGGAAGAUCACGUGCGCGGCGAUGCGAAAUUUUCUGGCGGCGGUGACGCAAGCGAUCAUCCGGCCGGUCAUGGAGGCAAUGGGUUACCUCUGCCACAAUAUCCGCAUAUUCAAUCAGAAACUGCCGGACGGUCCUUACCAGAAGGAGGACCUGCUGGUCGUGUAA